UCCGCGCGCAGACAUCGCCCGGGAUAACAUGAUUAGUGCUCUAUUACGUCCGCCACCGAGAACGAGUGGAUGCUGCGCAGGGGUCGUCGUGCGGGGAGAGAGAGGGGACGCGGACGGGGGAUUUCAUCCGCCGCAUGGAUCUUUUUCGCUCAACAUCGAUCCGCUUAGAGAAGUUGCACACUGACAGUUUUUCGCGUCUCCGGCGCUGGAGAGCUCGUGUCACCGCUUUUUGUCUCAGAUGAAGUGACAUAAAUGAUAAGAGCUAAUCCUUGAGGAGCCACACGCGAUGAAAGAGAAGAAGCAUCAGAGGAGUGGUUCAGUUGCCUCCUCCUUCGGCCCUGCUGUGAGCGACUAGCUCUGUCCUUCCUGGUCAUGAUAUUUUCCCACCUCAGGUGAACUCAGGUAGGAAGUGGGCCAACCUGCUCCAAUGGGGUUUGACAACGAGACCAACCAGACUCUUCCAAACGUGGCCCCUUACAGCCUGCAGAUCUCCCUGCCGCUCACUGUGCUGGUGGGGAUCAUGAUCCUGCUGACAGUGUUUGGCAACGUGCUGGUGGUCAUAGCAGUGUUUACGAGCCGGGCCCUGAGGGCUCCGCAGAACUUGUUCUUGGUGUCUCUGGCGUCGGCCGACAUUUUGGUGGCUACCCUCGUGAUGCCUUUCUCCUUGGCCAAUGAGCUCAUGGGAUACUGGUACUUUGGCGAGGUGUGGUGUGAGAUCUAUCUGGCGCUUGAUGUUCUUUUCUGCACCGCCUCUAUUGCCCACCUCUGUGCCAUCAGCUUGGACCGCUACUGGUCCAUCACUCAGGCCAUCGAGUACAACCUGAAGAGGACGCCGCGGCGAAUCAAGUGCAUAAUCUUCAUCGUGUGGGUCAUUGCGGCGGUUAUCUCCUUCCCGCCUCUGAUCACCAUGGAGAAAGAAAACAGCGUGGAGGAACCUGUGUGUAAGAUCAAUAAUGAUAAGUGGUACGUCAUCUCCUCCUGCAUCGGCUCCUUCUUCCUCCCCUGCGUCAUCAUGGUCUUGGUCUACGUGCGGAUCUACCAGAUCGCCAAGAGGAGAACGCGGGCGCCACCGGGAGACAGGAAGUGGAGGGAGAUGCCGAAGACGGCCACCAUCGCUGUUGCCAACCAGAAGGAGAAUGGCGUGGGUGCAGGGGAGGACCGCCUCUGCCACGAGAAGCUGAACGGCGAGCAAGACAUCGAGCUGAAGGAGGGAGUGGGAGGAGAUAGAGGAGCAGAUGAGGAGAAGGGCAUGGUCAACGGGGUGGACCUGGAGGAGUCGUCCUCCUCUGACCACAAGGUCAACAACCCCUGCUCGAUCAAAAGGAAAUCGUCCAAGGGGAAAACCAAACUGAGCCAGAUCAAACCGGGGGACAACGACAUCCAAAAGCGGGUGCCGAGCACCAAGGGCAGCCGCUGGAAGGGCCGACAGAACCGCGAGAAACGCUUCACCUUUGUCCUCGCCGUGGUCAUUGGAGUGUUCGUCAUCUGCUGGUUUCCCUUUUUCUUUACAUACAUGCUGAUGACGCUGUGCGAGUCCUGCCCGGUGCCCAGCACCCUGUUCAAGUUCUUCUUCUGGUUCGGCUAUUGCAACAGCGCGCUGAACCCCAUCAUUUACACCAUCUUCAACAACGACUUCAGGCGGUCGUUCAAAAAGAUACUGUGCAGGAGGGACACCAGAAGAUAUGCAUGAUGGACUCGAUCUUUAUGUACAUACUUUUUUUUUUACGUUAUUGUAAAUUAUAGAGUGCAUUGAGCAUUGUGCAUGGGUCACUGGCUUGUGAACGCUCUAGGUGUAACUGCUUGGAAAUACUUUCCCAGGAUGAGCUUUACGUGCAGCAUCCUUUCAAACCGUCCGCCACGCGCAGCUUCUGAGCCGACCACCACCCCAGAGAGAGCUCCAACAGAACAGAACAGAAAGCCACAGUGAAGCCAUGCUUUUAUUUCUGAAUGUCCUUUUUAUUUUUAUAAAACAAACAGUGAAGUUGUGAUAUGUGCUGUGCUUUACGACAGAACGUUGUACAAAAUGACCUGUCUGAAUAAUUGUCUUUGUUUUUGUUGUUAUGGAUACAGUGUUGUGCCAUUUUGUAUGAUGUGAAGACAAUGAUGGUUAGGAUGAUGAUGGUGAUGAUAAAGUCAGGGAAAAUGCUGGCUCUAUUAGAAUAAACCAACCAACUGAUCUCAAGGCUCCACAGCAAGUUAAGGCAUCAGGUUGGUGACGUUAUCUCAUUUUGUACGUUACACAGUGCUGACACACUCUCUUUCACACACACACACACGCACACACACACACACACAACAGAGGCUGAGAAAGAGGGGGGAGGCAGCAGUGGAGUCUGGAUCUGCUCUCAGAACGUGCUCUGGCGUUAAGAGAUUUGUCACAGCGAGAAGCUGUUUUAGCUGUGAUCUGUGUGAAGGUGUGGAAACUCUUGGACCAGGAGGGCCAACCCGUAAAUCCUCUCGUGCCAGCGCUCCGACAGAAAAGUGCAAAUACGCUGGUCUGUUGAAUCUGACCUUUGGGGCAGAAAGGGAUUAAGAAGGAGCUCAGCUCUUAAUGAUCCUGAGUGGAAUAUGUGCAAACAUGCUUUGGUCCUUGGAUUAAUGGUGUUUGUGAUUAGAUGCAGGUAUUUUGCCUUGAUUGUGAGAUUCCCUAAACUGAGUUCUUUUUUUCUUCCAAGUGUGUGUUUGCUCAGGCUUUGGAUCUCAGAGUCAGUUUAUGAAUCAACUGUGGAUCAUGAAUACAGCCAUAAUGCGAGGCACUGGAAGUGGAGGAGUAACGGUUCAUUUGCCGUUUUGUGUUACCACGGUAUGCGUCAUUAAGUAAAGACAUGGAGCCUGUCAGACCAGAACCUGAUUUACUGGUCUUGGUCUCUCUGCUCCCUCUAUCAUGUCUAGGAGAAAGGCUGAAUAAAACAAAAGAGCGGCUCUCAUCUGUGCGGUGAAUGCAGAGGACGUGGCCGUUCCCAGUGGAGGAGGUGUAAGUAAAUGCAUUCGUUUUGACAGUCAGGAAGGCACUUGAACAGCACUGUCCUCGCAAAGCUGAAGGGUUCUUCUGGGAGUUUCUCUGACAGUAAAUCCAGCACCUUGUCUGGCAGAGCCCGGUGCGUGCUCGCAUUCAGCUGGCGGAGUGUUUCCCAGCACGUUUACCAAAUGUGAAAGCAUGCGAGUCCAUGAGAAAGACGGAGUGUGCGCGCGUGUGAGAGUGUGCAUUUGCGGCACAUGUAGACGCACGGGGUGAGCUCCCACCGGACGGGCCAGUUUGCGGUCGUGCUGGUGCUCCACGUUCGGUUUUGUAGGACGUUGGCAGGUUACUUCAGAGGGAAGCCAAACAUUCGUAGCCAGCUCGAACAGACAGAAAGGUGUUUGACGGAUGCUCAGUCGUGAAGCAUCCCCGUUCAAAACACAGAGGCCAUCAGAGAAUAGUGUAAAUUUUAGGCUUCUUGCUGCCUGCGUUACUCAAAUUAAGUGGGCAUCUUUUCCUCUUUGACUGACUGUUUCCUUGCUCAGCUGUGGCAGGGGAAUAGUAGCACAAAGAGGGAAUUUCACACUAAAAUGACUGUAACUUUGAAAGCUAUUCAUUUAAUUUGGCUAACUCGGCCUGCUGAAGCCUCAAAUUAGCUUUAGACAGAAGUUUUUGCACAGAUUGGAGACUGUUGAUUUUGUUUCCCAUCACUAAUAAAUCUUUCCACGUCCACAUGGACAGCCUUGAAAAAAUGUCAACGUGUGCCGUAACGUAAAGCAGCACACAGGGGCCGUCAGGCUGACGCUCAGUGAUAAAUAUGUGUACGUUUGUCCUGUCUUGGCCUCCUUUUCCUCUCUGCCUGCUUCUCUUUAGCUCACACAUCAACAAGCAGCAGUGAUAUCAUUAAGCGGAUGUGCUUGCUGACAGCCUAUUGGAAGAAGCCAGCUGUUGAAGUCAGCAGACCCCUCUCUCCACACACACACACACACACACACACACACACACACACACACACACACAUGCGCGCACUUAGCCUCUGGGAAUCGGGGCAUGGAUCAUCAGGUUAGAGUGCACAUCCGUCUCCAAAAGGCUAAGCAUGGUGGCUAAGUGCAGCGACCACUCAAAAAGACAGGGACAAAAUGUCAGCAGGCACAAAAAUCAUGCAAACAAUCAUUUGCAGUUGGAGGA